CAUACCAGAAAAGAAAUACCACAAUCAAUUUAGUUUUGUUACGAAAUUAUUUACUUAAAUCGAGAGUGAAUUGUAAUAACAAUUUAAUGCCAUUUAAUUGCAUACAAUCAUCAUUCUAAGGACUAUUUUAAGGAAUUGUCAUGAGAGAUGGAUGAAUUAUUGACACACUUUAUUAUCUUACUCCUUUUUGGACUACCAUUAGUUAAGACCGAGGAUCGAUGUGCGUAUAUGACAAAUAUUCCGAGAGAACCAAAGCCUGAAGAUUUGCCUGAUAUAGAUUUUGAAGGGAAGCCAUGGAGCGAAAGGCCUUUUAUUCCUGCACCGGAGAGAGACGACGUCUGCAUGGGUGACUACUUCCCGAAUAUCAGAACUCAGGUUAUUCACAUGGACGAGGAGAUCGAAGGAGACGUAGCCAUCGCUAAACUUAACUAUUACGGAACUGCCACACCAGUUAUCAAUCGUCCUCUUUUGGCUGGAUCAUUCAACAUGCUGGGUCCAAUGCUUAGGAAAGUAAAUAACGAGUGGUUACUUUACAUUACUAAAAGACAGGACUAUGAAACGCCGGAUAUGCAAGUUUACAUGUUUCGCAUUCAGAUCGAAGGAGAAAGCGUGGUGGGGACCAUCUCUUUACAAAUUGUCAACAUCGAUGACAACCCACCAAUUAUUCACAUAUUAGAUUCCUGUUUAAUACCAGAACUCGAAGAGCCACGCCUAACCGACUGUAUUUACGAAGUCACAGAUGAAGAUGGUGAGAUCAGCACCAGUGCCAUGACCUUUAAGAUAGAUAGCGACAGAAACGAUGACCAGAUUUUCUACAUCCUCGGUCAAACAAUACCGACCCAAUUAAAACGGAUGACUAUGACCCUGGGUCUCAGUAAAUCUCUUGAUUUUGAAACCAAUGCACUUCAUAUAUUUAGAGUUACGGCUUUUGACUCUUUACCUAACAACCACACAGUCACAGUAAUGGUACAAGUCCAAAACGUAGAGCAUCGACCACCACGUUGGCUGGAGAUCUUUGCUGUGCAGCAGAUGAACGAGAAGACAGCCGCAAACUUCACUGUGAGAGCUAUUGAUGGAGAUACCGGCAUAGACAAACCAAUAUACUAUCGACUUCAAGCUGAUAAGGAUGACGAAAAAUACUUCGACAUUAAAACUAUAGAAGGUGGUAGAGAUGGCGGUAUAUUCCAAGUAUUUCCAAUUGAUAGAGACGCUUUAGAACGAGAGCUGUUCAGGCUUUCACUGAUUGCUUAUAAAUAUGACAAUACGUCCUUUGCGACAGCAAAUAACGUCGUCAUCAUUAUUGAUGAUGUAAACGAUCAAUAUCCUGAACCUUUACAUAAAAACUACACUGUCAACAUUGAUGAAGAAACACCUCAGACAUUACACUUCGAUAAAGAGUUUGGGUUCCAUGAUAAAGAUUUGGGCCAACAUGCUCAGUAUAAAGUACACCUUGAAAGUGUAAAGCCUCCUGGAGCAGCCGCAGCGUUCUUUAUUCAGCCUGAAGUUGGCUAUCAGCGGCAGACCUUUAUUAUGGGCACGUCUAAUCACAGUAUGCUUGACUACGAGAUUCCGGAGUAUCAACAUAUUGAAAUAAAGGUGGUUGCUACGGAUAUGGACAAGCCAGAAUUUGUCGGAGUCGCUACUGUGUUUAUAAACUUAAUCAAUUGGAAUGAUGAACUACCUAUAUUCGAAAAUAGCAUCCAAACGGUGAAAUUUAAAGAGACCGAAGGUGAAGGGUUCUUUGUAGCCAGUGUGAAGGCGCUCGACAGAGACAUUGGGGAUAGAGUGGUGCAUAGUAUAAUGGGAACAGCACAAAACAUUUUAGAGAUAAACGAAGACAGUGGAGAUAUCUUUGUAGCUACAGACGAUGCAUUUGAUUACCAUAGACAGAGUGAAUUGCUUGUUCAGGUACGCGCUGAAGACAGACUGGGCGAGCCCUACAACACUGCCACAUCGCAGCUUGUUAUCCAGCUCGAGGACGUAAACAACACGCCACCCACCCUUCGCCUCCCUAGAGGUAGUCCGCAAGUGGAAGAAAAUGUUCCGGAAGGUUUCCCGAUAACCCAGGGCUCACAAGAAAUUAUAGCCACGGAUCCUGAUACUUCAGCUGAUUUGCGCUUUGAAAUAAUUUGGAAUACCUCCUAUGCAACUAAGCAAGGACGAGAAACACAUUCUUCUCAAUUUUAUGGUUGUGUCGAGAUCAAAACUGAGUACCCUAAUCCAGACGAACGUGGUACUGCUGUGGGACGCUUGUUUGUGAAGGAGAUCCGCCCUAACGUCACCAUUGACUACGAGGAGUUUGAAGUGCUCUAUCUCAGUGUGCGGGUGGUGGACUAUAACACAGAAAUCGGACAGAACUACGACGAGUUAACUUACACGAUCACGAUAGUGGAUAUGAACGACAACGCUCCCCAAUGGGUGAGCGGCUCGCUGACACAAGAACUGCGUGUGCGAGAGAACUCUGCGACUCACACCAUUAUCGGUUCCGUGCAAGCCACUGAUAUUGAUGGUCCGCUUUAUAACCAGGUGCGGUACACUAUGCGUCCUAAAGAAGGCACGCCAGAUAAUUUAGUGAAGAUUGACUUCCAAUCGGGUCAGAUAGAAGUGGACCUGGAUGGAGCCAUCGAUGCUGAUACUCCACCUCGAUACAAUCUUUACUUUGUUGUGGUUGCAAGUGACAAGUGCUCUGAGGAAGAUGAAAAUGACUGCCCUCCAGAUUUAACAUACUUCGAAACUGAAGGAAAUAUAACAAUUCAAAUAAUUGACACGAAUAACAAGAAUCCAAUGGCAAGGACAGACAAGUUCGAAACGACAGUGUACUUGUACGAGAACGCGAAAUCUGGUGACGAAGUGGUCGUUAUAAAAUCUGAAGACCUUGACAGAGACGAAAUAUACAACACGGUGAGCUACCAGAUCAACUAUGCAGUCAACCAGCGCCUACGUGACUUCUUCGCUGUGGACUUGGAGUCGGGGCGCGUGUUUGUGGACCUAGCGGAUGAGAGUCUUGAUCGCGACGGGGAUGAGCCCACGCACAGGAUCUUCCUCACGCUCAUCGAUAACUUUUAUUCGAAAGGAGACGGUAAUAGAAAUCAGAAUACCACAGAAAUUGAGGUAGUGUUGCUGGACAUAAACGAUAACGCUCCAGAACUGCCAUCAAGGGACCAGCUGUACUGGUCUAUCUCAGAGAACCUUAAAAAGGGCGAAAAACUAUCGCCAUAUAUUCAUGCACGAGAUCGCGAUGAACCAAAUACAGAUAACUCUCGCGUUGGCUACGAGAUCAAUGCCCUCACAAUCACCAAUAGAGACAUCGUCAUUCCCGACCUCUUUGAAAUUGUUCACAUCUUUCAGUCCGGAAAUAUUUAUAACGUUUCUGCAGAAUUAGAGACUGCCGUGGACUUAAGAGGAUACUGGGGAACUUAUGAUAUUCAUAUUCGAGCUUUCGACCAUGGAGACCCACCGCUGGACUCAGAAGAGAAGUACGAAUUGAUCGUCCGUCCCUACAACUUCCAUUCGCCUGUGUUCGUGUUUCCAAAGGAUGGUACCACCAUUCGCCUUGCUAGGGAACGUGCAGUGAGCAAUGGCUUAUUAGUGUUGGUGACGGGCGAGUUCCUGGACCGCAUCCACGCUACGGAUGAGGACGGUCUUCAUGCUGGCAGACUUAGCUUCGAGAUCACUGGCGAUGAUGCAGCUUCACAAUACUUCAAUAUUGUAAAUGACGGUGAGAACCAAGGUACGCUUACGUUAAGAGAACUCUUCACCGAAAGCAUUAGAGAGUUUCAGAUUCGUAUCCGUGCGACGGAUGGUGGCACAGAGCCAGGUCCACUGUUCACAGAGGUGGUGCUGUCAGCAGUGUUCGUGCCCACUCAAGGCGAGCCAACUUUCCAAACCGACUCUGUCACCGUCGCCUUUGUUGAGCAGGAAGUCGGUUUAACUGAGAAAAACGAACUCCCGCUCGCUGAAGAUCCGAAAAAUUAUCUCUGCAACAACGAUUGUCAUGACAUAUUUUACCGCAUCAUUAGUGGCAACGAUGAAGGUCACUUCGCAUUAGAUCCAUUCAAGAAUAUCCUGUCUCUUAAUAAGGAACUAAUCCGCAGUGAGAGUAAAACACACACUCUACAAGUCGCAGCCGCCAACUCGGAAGACGGCACCACUCCCCUCGGAAAUUCUAUUCUGACUGUGACCGUCACUGUAAGAGAAGCAAACCCACGACCAUAUUUCGUGCGAAAACUCUACACAGCUGGCAUAUCGACGCUGGACACAAUCAAUAGAGAACUGCUGACAGUUCAGGCAACACACUCAGACGGCUUGCCCAUCGUGUACACUAUAGACUUCGAGUCCAUGGUUAUAGACCCGAGCUUGUCCAAUGUGCGCGACUCUGCCUUCACACUGCACAGUACGACAGGCGUUUUAACGCUUAACAUGCAGCCCACCGCAAGCAUGCAUGGCAUGUUCGAGUUCAACGUGGUGGCCAAAGACCCAGCUGAAGCUCAAGAUACAGCGGCAGUUAAAAUCUAUCUAAUAUCCUCUUUAAACAGAGUAUUCUUCAUCUUCGUUAACGCUUUGCAGCAAGUGGAGUCUAAUAAAGAUUUUAUAGGACAGACCUUCAGCACUGGCUUCAACAUGACAUGCAAUAUCGACCAGGUGCUCCCAGCCACCGACAGCGCAGGGGUAGUGCGCGACGAUCUUGUCGAAGUGCGCGCGCACUUUAUACGAAACGACGUGCCCGUGCCAACUGACGUUAUAGAGGAUAUCCGCAGCGACACGCAACUGCUGCGCGCCAUUCAAACGACGCUGAACACGGAGCUGCUUGUUCUGCGCGACUUCGUGACGGGCGCCAGUCCCGAGAUUUUGGAGACGAGUGGCGCGCUGUUUGCGGCGUACGCGCUGGCUGCACUCUCUGCGCUGCUCGGCCUUCUGUGUAUCGUGCUAUUCGCCGCGUACAUUAUCAGGACCAGAGCAUUAAAUCGUCGUCUCCAAGCGCUGUCGAUGACAAAAUACGGUUCCCAAGAGUCUGGCCUAAACCGGCUCGUACUGGCGGCACCCGGUACUAACAAGCAUGCCACUGAGGGAUCCAACCCAAUCUGGAAUGAAGCCAUCAAGGCACCAGACUUUGAUGCUAUCAGCGAACAAUCAGAUGACUCAGACCUCAUUGGUAUAGAAAACUUACCGCAAUUCCGUAGUGACUAUUUCCCUCCAGCUGACAACAACUCCAUCCAGGAGAUGUCCAACGAUAAUUUGGAUCCUCCAUUGGCGGCACACAAUAACAACUUCGGAUUCAAUCCGACGCCAUUCACUCCUGAGUUCGCCAAUAAACCUUUUAGACAUAAAUAAAUCUAAUUUUUUACAUUGUUUUUGCACAGUAAUUUGUACAUAAAAUAAUACAUGUAUAUAUUUUCCAUAUAAUAAGCCUUUUAUAGACACAAAUGUAUAGAAGUGUAUUUUUAUAAUAUUAUAUUAUUUUAAGACAGUUUAUUUUUAUUUAGAGUACUUUUAUGUGUGUACUCAUCUAAAAUAUAUUUUCACUGUUACUACGAAAAAAAAAACAUAAACCAGUCGACAGUAAUGGCCUGUUGUAUGAAACAUUUAACAUAAUACUAAUCUUAUUUAAUGUAAAAUUGAUAACGUGUGCUUCUUCUCGACAGAAAGUAGAAACAAGCGGAUAUUAUUUUGAAACACAUCCUAAUAAACAAUUCAGCCGCAUUCGUAAAAUUACUUUUACAAAAAGCUGCCUAACGAGAUAAUAAGUACAUUUUGAGUGAUGCAGCACCUUUUUCGAGCUAUGUCUUUAAACUCCAAAAUAGCCAUCAAUGAUUUCUGUAUUAUUUUUACUGUUUGUCUUUAGUCUUUGUUCAUACAACUAUUUACAUAAUUUUUCUGUCUACGACGUAUUGUCACUAAGUUUACUGACACGUAGUCCUGUGGCGGACUGUAUUGAGCCUGCAUUACAGACAUCUCUUCAAAGAUAUUUGGAUGAGAUCAUAGACAAUUUAGUACUUUUUAAAGAUUUGAUCAUUGAUCAUUUAAGGAACGUAACAAAUUUUCAUCCGGCAUAUGUAGUUUACAGCGCCAGAUUUAUUUUAUAAUUAUAAACAAAUAA